CUGCAGGCUUGGGAGAAACUGACCACUGUGGUGGGUCUCCUUCCUUCGGCUGGUCAAUCCGCGGACUCGUCGUCGUCCAGACCCUAACCAGCCUGGCCUAACCGCUAACUACCUUUACCAUUGUGUGCGCGCACGACCUCGUGCCCAGUUCACCAAAUAUCAACGCCAACUACCCUCCUCCGCUCAUCAUACACCAAUCAAUAUGGAAGGCUUAUUCUUCAACGUCAACAACGGAUACCUUGAAGGUGUGGUCAGAGGCUACAAGAGUGGCCUCUUGCGCUCCCCCCAGUACGUCAACUUGACCCAAUGUGAAACGCUUGACGACUUGAAGCUCCAGUUGUCUUCCACCGAUUACGGCAACUUUUUGGCAUCGUACUCGGGACCUCUCUCCACCAGCGUCAUCCAGCAGAACUUGUCCAAGAAGCUCUACCAGCAAUUCCAAUACUUGAAGGCCCACUCCUCCGGCACCCUCACCAAGUUCUUGGACUACAUAAGCUACGGCUACAUGAUUGAUAACGUCUCGUUGAUGAUCACCGGUACCUUGCACGAAAGAGACAGAAAUGAAAUCUUGGCCAAGUGCCACCCAUUGGGCAUGUUCGAUACCUUGCCCACUUUGUCCAUUGCCACCGAUAUCGAAAGCUUGUACAACACCGUGUUGAUCGACACCCCUUUGGCGGCCUUCUUCAAGAAUUGCUUGACCCCAGACGACUUGGAUGACUUAAACAUCGAAAUCAUUAGAAACAAGUUGUACAAGAACUACUUGGAAGCUUUCAUCCAGUUUGUAUCCGAAGAGUUCGGUGGACCAGACCGUGAAAUCAUGUUGAGAUUGUUGAACUUUGAAGCCGACAAGAGAGUGAUAAAUAUUACCCUCAACACCUUGGGCAACCCUGACUUUUCUUCUGAAGACAAAUUAAGCUUGUUCCCAAGUUACGGGAAGUUGUACCCAACCUACCAUCAUGAAUUGUCCCAAAUAGAAGAGAUUGAGCAAUUGAGGGCAAUCGUUGGUACCGUGGAAGAAUACUCGGAAAUCUUCAGUGAAAAUGGUGAUAGCGGCAAGAACUUAGAAGACUGGUUCUACUUGUUGGAAAUGAAGUACUGUAAGAAUGCCUUCACUCAACAGUUCACAUUAUCGACUGUCUGGGCCUGGUUAAGAUCAAAGGAACAAGAAAUCAGAAACGUCACCUGGAUUGCGGAAUGUAUUGCUCAAAACCAAAAGAACAGGAUUGAAUCAUACAUUUGUGUUUAAUCUUGUGGUCAAGUGCUCAAGAUAAUAUAAAUUAAUGGAGCAAUUCAAAUCAUGAUAGAACAUAAUUGCCAGCUUCUUUCAUCUGCUACUUGUUUUCAUUAUUUUAUGCCACAAUCAUCUACUUCUACUCUGGUAUCU